CCGCCACGGCCACUCGCCUGCGCGACCUCUCUGCACGGUGUUACUAUGGCCCACGCCUGCCUGCUCCGGCUGCUGCUGCUGCUCCUCGUGGGCUCCUCCGCCGCUUUCGCGGAGUCGAUCCGAGAGACUGAGGUCAUCGACCCCCAAGACCUCCUAGAAGGCCGAUACUUUUCUGGAGCUCUCCCCGACGACGAGGAUGUGGUGGGGCCCGGGCAGGAACCCGAUGACUUUGAGCUGUCUGGCUCUGGAGAUCUGGAUGACUCAGAGGACCCCAGAAUCUUCCCCGAAGUUAUCCAACCCUUGGAGCCCUUAGAUAACCGCAUCCCUGAGAGGACAGGGCCUGGGAGCUGGGUCCCCACCGAACCCAAGGAGCUGGAGGAGAACGAGGUCAUCCCCAAGAGGCUCUCCCCACCGCUCGAGGGGAACGAGGAUAUGUCCAACAGGGUGUCCAUGUCCAGCACUGCCCAGGCCAGCAACAUUUUUGAGAGAACAGAGGUCCUGGCAGCUCUGAUUGUGGGCGGCGGCGUGGGCAUCCUGUUUGCCAUUUUCCUGGUUCUGCUGCUGGUAUACCGCAUGAAGAAGAAGGACGAAGGCAGCUAUGACCUGGGCAAGAAACCCAUCUACAAAAAAGCCCCCACCAACGAGUUCUAUGCCUGAAGCUUCCUCACGGGCACUGGCUUGGACUUGAGGGGGGUGGGAGGCUGAAGGAUUUUGGAGGGUGGACAUUAAGGUAGGGGGAGGGCCACCUAACACUGACCUGUCAGCAUCUUCAGCUCUGACUACAUUUUAAGUGUCAGGAGAGACAUCAUCUUCUACUGUUCCUGCCUCAUUCUUGAUUCUCUGGGCCUCAAAUGUCCCAGCAGAAAAACGAGGCUCAACUUGGCUUUUCUGAAGGCAAAUCUAGAAUUGGAUCAUUUCUUCAUCUUCCGGUUUAGAAUCUAGGCCCAGUAUAGAGCCUGUACUGACCAUGCCUCAUCCAGAGCCCCUCUGAAGCUGUCGUAUGAGUCCUGCUGGAGAUCUGCUCCUAGCGCCUUCCUCCCUCCUCCCCCGACCCCCCUCCGCCCCCUUCACUGCCGGUCCCUCUGCCAGGAACUGGGAGAAGGAACUAGAACCAUCUGCACCUUGAGAUGUGUCCAUCAAAGGACACUUGAGUCCACACUACAGGAGUCUGUGGUAUACUUGGGCCAUUCUAGGCUCUUCCAAGUGACUUUUAGAAAUCAACCUUUUUUAUUUGGGGAGGGAGGGUGAGGAGAAAAGCUGAAAACUCAUACUAAAAUGGAUCGGUAGAAUCUAUUGGUAAAUCUCUUUUUAGGGGGGUGUUUUUUUAACAGUUCAUUCCUUUGUGUAGCGCCUCUGCCUGGCCGGAAUGCACAGGUGCUGAGGUGUUCUCCGCUCUCUUGCACAUUUCCACAGUACCUGCUAAGUUUGUAUUUAAUGGUUUUGUUUUUGUUUUUGUUUCUCGAAAAUGAGAGAAGAGCCGGAGAUAUAAUUUUUAUUAAUUUUUUUUUUUACUAUUUAUAGCUUCAGACAGGGCCUCUCUUUCCUCUUUUUCUUUAAAUCCCCUCCCCAUUUUUUUUUUUUUAAUAUAUUUUACACUCCUGUUCAUGACUUUGACCCUUUCUGAAGCUGCUUCCUCUAAGAAGUAGCUUUUGCUGAGACAUAGUUUUCUGGCAGAUCCCAAAAUAUAAGGGAUAGUGGGAUUUUUGUGUCUCUUUUCUUGUAAUAUAUUAUUCUUCCUUGGUUCUAGAAAAAUAGAUAAAUAUAUUUUUUCAGGAGCUAGUGUGAUAUUUCCAAUUUAAAGUUGGCUGGGUGGUUGAGUGAGUGAACUUUUAUGUGGCUGAGUGGGUUUGCCUCUUUCUCUUACCCCGUUCGUGGUGCCUUCUUUACAUUGGGCUAAGAUAGCUGAGGGCAGAUAGUUCUGCCUUCUUUCUAGCUUCAGCUUUGAGUCCAGCUGGUAUGCCUUCAUUUUUCCAAAUUUCAGAGAAAACUGGAGAGCUGAGCUAGCCAAUACAGUAACCAAUAGCCACGUGUGGCUAUUUAAAUCAAUUACAAUUACAUAAAGUUAAAAAUCCAUUUCUCAGUCACACUCACCACAUUUCAAGUGGUCAGUUGCCACAUGUGGCUGGUGGCUGCUGCAGCGAGCAGGCAGGUAGAGACCAUUUCCAUCUGUCGGACAGCACUUCUAGAGAACUAAACUGGCUUAGCAAGUCACAGUCCCAGCUUUGUUGGGAUGACUUUUGUCUCCCUGGGCAAAGGCAGGGUGGGGGUGGGGAGGGCUGAUUAGGCCCUAGUUCUGGAGCCUGUUACGGCCACCUUCCCCCUCCAGAGAGAGGUGGCAUAGCCUGGGCAGGCUGUGUCUUCUGACCCCACUGGCUGGGGUUAGGGGAAAUCAGCCUUGCUUUCUGCACCCUUCACCCCCAAAACCCAGGGUUCCCAGCUGGCUGGGUCCUCUUCUCUACUGACUCCCUCCUCCCCCUUCCCUUUCCUCUGGCUAUGUUGGGAGAGAGCAACUCUUGUAGCCACCUCACACUGUUGUCUGUUACUGAUUUUUUGAUAAAAAGAUAAUAAAACCUUGUACUUUCUA